AUUGUGUUGAUUUUAGAGUAAUGAGGUUGCUAGCUCAAAUCAUAUGGAAUGUGAAGGCAUAAAAAGAUCACUGGAAAAAUUGAAGAAAUUGAAAAUAAAAGUACAUGUGUUGGUAACAGACAGACACCUUAUGAUUGCAAAAUAUAUAAGAGAAAACUGGGCUACAAUUAAGCAUUUCUUUGAUGUUUGGCAUGUGGCUAAAGGACUCAAGAAAAAACUGACUGUGCUUGGAAAUAAAAAAGGAAACGAGCUAGUUCAUGUAUGGAUUAAAAGCAUAACCAAUCAUUUGUAUUGGGUUGCUGAUUCAAGUAAUGGUGAUGAUGGAGAUCUAGCUUUAGCGAAGUGGGAGUCAUUGGCUGGGCACUUACAAAAUAGGCAUGCAAGACAUCCCAAUAAGCUUUACAGAAAGUGCACUCAUCCAAAGGUCAAGAGAAAGUGGUUCAAACCAGGUGUACAUUAUGUGUAUAGUUUAUGAUGCACACUGUAAUCAAUUAUAUUG